UAACACCUCAGCUCCUCUUUGCCUUCUCAUCCACUUUCAUUCCAAACUUACCAACAUAUCUCUCUCUCUCUCUCUCUCUCUCUCUCUCUAAACAGCAAUAUAACAUUCCAACACCCGCAUUUGUUUCAUCUCAAACAAACCAAUACACUCAAAAAUAUGUACACGGAGGUUUCUCACAUUCCCACGGCGUCGCCGGUGCAGAGGUCCCCGUGGCACUCGCCGGUGCCGUACCUAUUCGGCGGCCUAGCUGCCAUGCUGGGCCUCAUCGCAUUCGCGCUCUUGAUCCUCGCUUGCUCCUACUGGAAGCUCUCGGGCUACCUCGAAAACAACAGCGGUGACGGAAACUCCGGUGACAGAGACCUCGAGCUCGGCGAAGCGAAUUCUGACGAGAAGCCGAAAUUACCCCCGGUGGUGGAGGAGAAAUUCUUGGUGAUAAUGGCUGGACAGGAGAAACCCACGUUUAUUGCGACUCCGAUUUCGAGCAGAGCUUCGUCUUUCGGAAGUAAUUGUUCGAGUUGUGGUGGUGGUAGCAGUAGCAGUAGUAGUAGCAGUGAGAUGAGUGAGAAAACAGAGGAUGGAGAAGAUGGGAAGGAGAAGUUGAAACAGGGGAGUGGGCUGGAUCAGGUACAAGUAGGGAACACGGAGAACCAUGAGGCAUCUGAUCAGAUCCCUUGAUUUGAUUUGAUUAGCUUCAUCUUCUUCUUCUGUUCUUCUUCUUUUUUUUUUGGCCACCUGAUUUUUAUGAUUAUGAUUUGAGAUGAUGAGAGUUUGCAUGUUAGAUUCAUGUGGGCUGAGUGGCAGGGGAAGAAAAUUCGACAUCCUUUCUCCUUCUUCGAUUUUCUUUUCUUUGUGGAUUAUCCGGGAAUGUAAAUACCAUUUUGGACAAGGAAUUAAAUGGAAGAGUUGAGCUGUUUCUCUUCU